ACUCCCUUCACUUGCGUAGAUGAGUAGGAAACUUUUGGACUUAGAAGAUUGAAUCUCUAUCGGUUCAUUUGGUGUUGAUCGGAAACAAGCUUGAUUCUUUCUACUUCAUAGUUGAUAUAGUAGAAAACUGUGUUCCAAAAUGGGAUCUUUGAACGCUGAGCAAGAUUUGAAGGUGUCGAACGAGGCUUUCUUGUAUGUCAAUGGAGUUCGCAGAGGGUUGCCUGAUGGAUUGGCUCAUCUCACUCUUCUUGAGUAUCUCAGAGAUACAAUAGGUCUUACUGGGACAAAACUAGGCUGUGGUGAAGGUGGUUGUGGAGCUUGUACUGUUAUGGUUUCUCAUUAUGAUACCAAGUUCAGGAAAUGCUUACACUAUGCUAUCAAUGCUUGCCUAGCCCCAUUGUACUCUGUAGAAGGGAUGCAUGUGAUUACAGUGGAGGGAGUGGGAAGCUACAAGCAUGGGUUGCACCCUAUCCAGGAAUCUCUGGCUCGUGCUCAUGGUUCGCAAUGUGGAUUUUGUACACCUGGGUUUGUUAUGUCCAUGUAUGCGUUAUUGCGGUCAAGUCAAACACCACCUAGUGAAGAACAAAUUGAAGAAUGCCUUGCAGGCAAUUUAUGCCGAUGCACUGGUUACAGAUCAAUACUUGAUGCAUUCCGGGUCUUUGCCAAAACUAGCGAUAUCUUAUAUACUGGUGUUUCUUCAUUGGGCCUUCAAGAAGGUCAGUCUGUUUGCCCAUCAACUGGAAAACCCUGUUUGUGUAAUGCCAAUGAUAAAUGUGUAGUCAGUGAUGAUAGAAAUAAACCUGCUUCCUACGAUGAAGUAGAUGGAAACAGAUAUACAGAAAAGGAACUUAUUUUUCCUCCUGAACUGUUGUUAAGGAAACCAACCUCCUUAACUUUGACUGGAUUUGGGGGGCUAACAUGGUAUCGGCCUUUAACACUUCAGCAUGUAUUGGAUUUGAAGGCCAAAUAUCCAGAUGCAAAGUUGCUGGUCGGUAAUACUGAGGUAGGAAUUGAGAUGAGACUAAAGAGAAUGCAGUAUCGAGUUCUGAUUUCUGUAAUGCAUGUGCCAGAACUAAAUGUUUUGGAUGCUAAGGAUGGUGGCUUGGAGAUAGGUGCUGCAGUGAGACUAUCAGAUCUCUUGAAACUUUUCAGAAAGGUUGUAACUGAGCAAGCUGCUCAUGAAACUUCGUCUUGUAAGGCCUUUAUUGAGCAAUUGAAAUGGUUCGCUGGAACACAGAUAAGAAAUGUUGCAUCUGUUGGUGGAAAUAUAUGUACUGCCAGCCCAAUAUCGGACUUGAAUCCUCUCUGGAUGGCAGCUAGAGCGAAGUUUCAAAUUAUUAACUCGAAAGGAAACAUUAGGACAGUACUGGCAGAAAAUUUCUUCCUGGGUUAUCGUAAGGUAGAUUUGGCAUGUGAUGAAAUCUUGCUGUCGGUAUUCUUGCCAUGGAAUAGGACCUUUGAGUUUGUGAGAGAAUUUAAACAGUCCCAUAGAAGGGAUGAUGAUAUUGCAAUUGUAAAUGCAGGAAUUCGUGUUCAUCUUCAGGAACUAAGUCAAAACUGGGUGGUUGCUGAUGCAUCAAUUUUUUAUGGUGGGGUGGCUCCAUAUUCACUUUCUGCAACAAAAACUAAAGAAUUUCUCAUAGGGAAGAAUUGGGACCAAGAUCUAUUGCGAAAUGCAUUGGAAGUCCUACAAAAGGAUAUAUUACUUAAGGAAGAUGCUCCUGGCGGAAUGGUAGAGUUCAGGAAAUCUCUGACUCUAAGUUUCUUUUUUAAAUUUUUUCUGUGGGUGUCUCAUCAUAUGAAUGGCAUCAAAGAGUCUAUACCAUUAUCCCAUCUAUCUGCUGUGCACUGUGUCCACCGCCCAUCAAUUACAGGAUCUCAGGACUAUGAAAUCAUGAAACAUGGGACAUCUGUGGGUUCUCCUGAGAUUCAUCUAUCUUCAAGACUUCAGGUUACAGGAGAAGCAGUAUAUACAGAUGAUACACCAAUGCCUCCAAAUGGUUUGCAUGCUGCCUUAGUUUUGAGUAGAAAACCCCAUGGCAGAAUACUUUCAAUUGAUGAUUCAGGGGCCAGGUCUUCACCUGGAUUUGUGGGCUUAUUUCUGGCAAAAGAUGUACCAGGCGAUAAUAAAAUCGGAGCAGUUGUUCCUGAUGAGGACCUUUUUGCUGUAGAAUAUAUCACUUGUGUGGGUCAGGUUAUAGGAAUAGUUGUGGCCGAUACACAUGAAAAUGCAAAGAUAGCGGCAAGAAAAGUUCAUGUGGAGUAUGAAGAGCUCCCAGCCAUCCUAUCAAUACAGGAUGCCAUCGAUGCUCAAAGUUUUCAUCCCAACACAGAAAAGUGGUUGAGUAAAGGUGAUGUUGAUCACUGUUUUCAGUCAGGUCAGUGUGAUAGAAUAAUUGAAGGAGAAGUUCAGAUAGGAGGUCAGGAACACUUUUAUCUGGAGCCACAUGGCAGUUUGGUAUGGACAGUGGAUGGUGGAAAUGAAGUUCACAUGAUAUCAUCUACUCAAGCCCCUCAGAAGCACCAGAAAGAUGUUUCUCGUGUUCUUGGUCUUCCCAUGUCAAAGGUAGUUUGCAAAACAAAGCGAAUUGGUGGUGGAUUUGGGGGGAAGGAGACAAGAUCAUCCUUUAUUGCUGCUGCAGCUUCAGUUCCAUCAUAUCUGUUAAAUCGACCAGUGAAAAUCACACUGGACCGAGAUGUAGACAUGAUGAUAACUGGGCAAAGACAUAGUUUUCUUGGAAAGUAUAAGGUUGGAUUUACAAAUGAAGGGAGGGUGCUUGCACUGGAUCUUGAACUUUAUAACAAUGCUGGAAAUUCAUUGGAUCUGUCGCUUGCUAUUCUUGAACGUGCUAUGUUUCAUUCAGAUAAUGUGUAUGAAAUACCAAAUAUGAGGGUAAUGGGAAGGGUUUGCUCCACUAAUUUCCCUAGCAACACUGCUUUCCGUGGAUUUGGUGGUCCUCAAGGCAUGCUCAUUACGGAAAACUGGAUCCAGAGGAUUGCUGUGGAACUCAAAAUGAGCCCAGAAGAGAUAAGAGAAAUUAAUUUUCAAGGGGAAGGAUCCAUUUUGCACUAUGGCCAGGUAGUUCAGCACAGCACACUAGCCCCGCUAUGGAAUGAACUUAAAUUAUCCUGUAACUUUGAGAAGGCACGUGAAGAAGUUGUCCAAUUCAAUAGUCAUAACCGCUGGAGAAAGCGUGGCAUUGCUAUGGUUCCUACUAAGUUUGGUAUAUCCUUUACAACAAAAAUGAUGAACCAGGCAGGUGCUCUCGUUCAUGUCUAUACGGAUGGAACUGUUUUAGUUACCCAUGGGGGUGUAGAGAUGGGGCAAGGUUUACAUACAAAAGUUGCACAGGUUGCUGCAUCAGCUUUCAAUAUCCCCCUUAGUUCGGUCUUUAUAUCAGAUACAAGUACUGACAAGGUUCCUAAUUCUUCUCCAACAGCAGCUUCUGCAAGUUCUGAUAUGUAUGGAGCAGCUGUGUUAGACGCAUGUGAGAAAAUAAUGGCACGAAUGAAACCUAUUGCUUCGCAAAAUAACUUCAACACGUUUGCUGAGCUAGUUAGUGCAUGCUAUGCACAACGAAUAGACCUUUCUGCCCAUGGAUUUUAUAUUACACCUGAUAUUGGUUUUGAUUGGACGACGGGUAAAGGAGCACCUUUUAGGUAUUUUACUUAUGGGGCUGCAUUUGCUGAGGUUGAAAUUGACACCUUGACUGGAGAUUUCCACACCAGGGUGGCAAACAUAUUUUUGGAUCUAGGUUAUUCUCUGAACCCAGCAAUAGAUGUUGGACAGAUCGAAGGAGCUUUUAUUCAAGGUUUGGGCUGGGCAGCGUUAGAGGAGCUUAAAUGGGGAGAUAGAGCACAUAAAUGGGUCCCACCUGGCCACCUUUACACUAAUGGUCCUGGAGCUUAUAAAAUUCCUUCUGUAAAUGAUGUUCCCCUGAAAUUUAAUGUCUCACUUCUGAAGGGUCAUCCAAAUGUUAAGGCCAUCCAUUCAUCAAAAGCAGUUGGCGAGCCUCCAUUUUUCCUAGCAUCAUCUGUGUUUUUUGCCAUCAAGGAUGCAAUCAGAGCUGCAAGAGCUGAAAUGGGGUGUGAUGACUGGUUUCCUCUUGACAGUCCAGCAACUCCUGAGAGAAUUCGGAUGGCUUGUUUAGAUGAAUUUACAUCUUUUGUUAACUCCAAUUUCCAUCCCAAACUUAGUGUCUGAUACUCUCUUUAUUCUCUUGUUAAUUUUCUUGUCAUGUCAACAAGUAAAUACUCACAAAGGAUGCAUCGCCUGUAUAUACACUUAAUAGAAAAUAUAAUUUAAAUAGGGGCUUGAAAGCGCCCAAUCAUGGUA